AUGCCUCCACUAAACCUAAUGCCUCACUCUUGCAUGUACUGUCGGAAUAUUGCGAUUGAUACCAUGUGGUCAUACAAUCGUAACACCGUGUACCCACUGCGGAACAAGCUUGCAUCGCUGGGUUUCGGUGAUAGACUGGGGCCACUGCACCAGGGAACGUAUCCUUUCCAGUUCACGUUUAGGCAAACAAGAUAUGCUGCCAACUAUGGCUGUGAUUUUGCGAGGCGCUUAUUGCUUGGAAGCAACUUAUCACGCUAUGACCCAUCGCUAUUUGGAUCUAGCGGAUUCAUGCAACAUCCGAUGGACUCAUGGGAGCUUGUUGCAAUUUUGAACGCACAUCGUGAACGCUUCAAAACAUCAAGCUGGUUCUCAUCUGAUAACAUUGCGCGAGUGGUGCCAGAUAUCUCGAGUAUAGAGUUCGCCUUCGCCAGCUUAAAACCCAGUCACUCAUCUGACCCCGGUGAGCAAGAGGUCAUGUACAAGCAUGUUGGAGCGGAAUUUGAUGUUUUUGCUUACCCCGGAGACCCUGCCGCUGGACAUAUAUCUGCUCGUCCCAUCGAGGCUGAACCUGCUUCCGGAGAGGCUCUCGCUAAAUUGGGCAGUUGGCUCCGGACAUGCCAGAUUCAACAUGCCAACUGCCAUAGAGUAAGGGCUGAUGGGAGUAAGUGGACUCCAACGAGGCUGCUAGAUGUAUGGGGAGACUCAGACAGCAGGGCCACAGGGAUGGCUCGACUGGUGGAACCAGCGAUUACCCAAAGACCUGGUCAGCUAUUUCCAUUUGCAGCUCUGAGUUAUACUUGGGGAGGCGACCAACCCUUGCGGCUCGAGAAGAAGACUGAGUUGGCACUCAAACAGGGUAUUUCUCUCGAGGAUCUACCACAAACACUACGAGAUGCGGCAUUCGUAUGCGUAAGAUUAGGACUUCGGUACUUGUGGAUUGAUGCACUUUGCAUCAAUCAAGACGACGAUAGCGACAAGGCAAGGGAGAUCUCUACCAUGCCAAAGGUCUAUGGCCACGCUGUGAUUACGAUUUCGGCCACACGGUCUCCUUCGGCGAAACACGGAUUCCUAGGUAGACGAAGUCUUGAACAAGAGGCUGAAGGGGUUGGCGUUAUGCCACUCUCCCUUGGCGGGUAUCCAGAAGUUCUUCAGGAGGCUUACCAGAUUCCUUUCCUUUGCGCAAAUAACAAUCCUCUGCUAGCAAGACGCGUCGGGUCAAUCAUUCUCUGCGCCCCUGACCAGGAGUUGGAGCCACUGCUUACACGAGGUUGGACAUUUCAGGAGCAAUUACUGGCCACGAGGACUAUUGAGUUUGGAUCUCUUAGAACUUCAUGGCAUUGUCUGGAGUCUCAUGGUGUAGGCGGCUUCGUCGAUGGUUGGAAAGACAGUUCCAAAGAUCUCGAUGAUGCAUCACACUGGCACGACAAAUAUCGAAAGUUCUGGCAGAUUGGCCCUUACUCAGAUCCCUCAAUUGACACAAAUGAAACAAAGGUCAAGGCCCUACAAAUCUGGAAAGGGAUGGUAGAGACUUACUCGGCACGUAAUCUUACGAAUACCACUGAUAGAAUACUUGCCAUCUCUGGUAUUGUUGACAAGCUUAGUCCUCUCUUGGGGACAUAUCGGGCUGGUUUGUGGGAACCAUCGCUCGUGGCAGAGUUGCUUUGGAUGAUAGAUCCCGUUAAGGAUCAGGAUGAGAUGCAUAGACUUCUUCCAAGACCCUGUACUUACCAGGGCCCGAGCUGGUCAUGGGUUUCGGUAAACUCUCCAAUUACAUAUAUGGAACUUUCAUCGACAGCCGAGGACGACGUAACGGACGACACUACAUAUUUUUCAUUUCAAGAAUUUAACGCAACACCAUACUCGCCCCCACUUCUCAAUCGACACAAUGUGCUCCGUCGAAUGACAGAAAUUACAAAGUGCCAAACAGAACCAGCAUACCUUGAUGCACCCUUUGGAAGCAUUAAAGAGGAAUCGGCUUUAUUACAAAUCAACUGUGCUAUGAGGAAUGCUACUAUGAGCUGUCGAAAGAAACCUGACCAGGGAGACGAUCUGUUCUCGGACGCGGUUCUCAACCAAGCGUUCGUUCAAGAUCGGGAGGUAAUGAUUUUCCCAGAUACUUUGGACGAUGCAAUAUCAGAUCACGCAACUGCGAUUUCUGUCCAGUUGCUGGAGAUAGCCAUGUCUUAG